CCGCGCUCCGCACACGCGCACCGGGAGCCGCUCGGCCGCACCGGCGGAGCCGCCGCCGCCGCCCGCCGCCAACCCCCGCCCCGGGGGCGGCUGCCCCGGCGGAGCCUCCAUCUGCAGCCCGGCGGCGGAGCGGGAACAUGGCGGACCUGGAGGCGGUGCUGGCCGAUGUCAGCUACCUGAUGGCGAUGGAGAAGAGCAAGAGCACCCCGGCGGCCAGGGCCAGCAAGAAGAUCACCCUGCCCGAGCCCAGUAUCCGCAGUGUUAUGCAGAAAUACCUCGAGGAAAGGGGUGAAUUAACCUUUGACAAGAUCUUUCAUCAGAAAAUUGGAUUUUUGCUCUUUAAAGACUAUUGCAUGAAUGAGAUUGAUGAAGCUGUCCCCCAGCUGAAGUUUUAUGAAGAGAUCAAGGAGUACGAGAAGCUGGACUCGGAGGAGGAGCGGCUGUCCCGCAGCCGGCAGAUCUACGACACCUACAUCAUGAAGGAGCUGCUGUCCUGUUCCCACCCCUUCUCAAAACAAGCUGUAGAUCAUGUGCAAACACAUUUAGCCAAGAAACAAGUGCCAGCCAGCCUUUUUCAGCCAUAUAUAGAAGAAAUUUGUGAUAGUCUCCGAGGAAAAAUAUUUCAAAAAUUUAUGGAAAGUGACAAGUUUACUAGAUUUUGUCAAUGGAAAAACGUAGAGCUAAAUAUUCAUCUGACCAUGAAUGAUUUUAGUGUACAUAGAAUAAUAGGAAGAGGGGGGUUUGGUGAAGUGUACGGCUGCAGAAAAGCAGACACUGGAAAAAUGUAUGCAAUGAAAUGUUUAGAUAAGAAGAGAAUCAAGAUGAAGCAAGGAGAAACAUUAGCCUUAAAUGAAAGAAUUAUGCUGUCUCUUGUCAGUACGGGAGACUGUCCUUUUAUAGUCUGUAUGACCUAUGCCUUCCACACCCCUGACAAACUCUGCUUCAUUCUGGACCUCAUGAAUGGAGGAGAUUUGCACUACCACCUCUCCCAGCAUGGAGUGUUUUCUGAAAAAGAAAUGAGGUUUUAUGCUACUGAAAUCAUCCUGGGCUUAGAACACAUGCACAAUCGCUUCGUGGUGUACAGAGACCUGAAGCCUGCAAAUAUCUUGUUGGACGAACACGGGCACGUGAGGAUAUCAGACCUUGGGCUGGCUUGUGAUUUCUCCAAAAAGAAGCCACAUGCCAGUGUAGGUACCCACGGGUACAUGGCCCCCGAGGUGCUCCAGAAGGGCACAGCGUACGACAGCAGCGCCGACUGGUUCUCCCUGGGCUGCAUGUUGUUCAAACUGCUGAGGGGGCACAGUCCUUUCAGGCAGCACAAAACCAAAGAUAAGCAUGAGAUCGACCGGAUGACGCUCACCGUGAAUGUGGAGCUCCCAGACUCAUUUUCUCCUGAACUGAAGUCCCUUCUGGAAGGGCUCCUGCAGCGGGAUGUGAGCAAGAGACUUGGAUGCCAAGGAAGAAGCGCACAAGAAGUAAAAGAACAUCCUUUCUUCAAAGGCAUUGAUUGGCAGCAAGUCUAUUUACAGAAGUACCCUCCUCCACUGAUUCCUCCCCGGGGAGAAGUGAAUGCAGCAGAUGCUUUCGAUAUCGGGUCGUUUGAUGAAGAGGACACUAAAGGCAUUAAGUUGCUUGAUAGUGACCAGGAGUUAUAUAAGAACUUCCCUCUGGUAAUAUCGGAGCGUUGGCAGCAAGAAGUAGCAGAAACUGUUUAUGAUGCAGUAAAUGCAGACACAGAUAAAAUUGAGGCCAGAAAAAGGGCUAAAAAUAAGCAGCUUGGCCACGAGGAAGAUUAUGCCCUGGGGAAGGACUGUAUAAUGCAUGGAUACAUGCUGAAAUUGGGGAACCCCUUCCUGACUCAGUGGCAGCGUCGUUACUUUUACCUCUUCCCAAACCGGCUUGAGUGGCGAGGAGAAGGAGAGUCCCGGCAAAACCUGCUGACAAUGGAACAAAUAGUAUCUGUUGAAGAAACACAAAUUAAAGAUAAGAAAUGCAUCUUACUGAGAAUUAAAGGAGGAAAACAGUUUGUCCUACAGUGUGAGAGUGACCCCGAAUUUGUUCAGUGGAAAAAAGAGCUGACAGAAGCUUUCACUGAGGCCCAGAGGUUGCUGCGCCGGGCUCCAAAGUUUCUCAAUAAGUCUCGCUCCACGGUUGUAGAGCUCUCGAAGCCACCGCUCAGCCACAGGAACAGCAAUGGGCUGUAGGAGACACGAACCACGUUCACGCAGGGAGAGCUACUUGGUGAACAUGCAGAGUGUCCCAGAACCCUUAUGAAUGACUUUGUGCAAUCCUGGACGCGGGAUGUGCUUAGAAGAGGAGGAAUUAGAUGUUUACAGCGUGGGAUCAUGUCAGAACUCUGUCUGUGGAGGCUGUGAAGACUGGAAGGGUGGCGGGUGGAUUCCUGCUCCUGCAGCGGUGGAAGUCACCAAGCGUAGAGGCUGCUCCUUGCUCCCACGUGUCCCCACUCCCGGCGGGGACCUGGAUGUGCUCCGUUACUCUGGAACUACUGAUGGAAGGAAGAGGCUGUUUUCCCUGCGAUCCCCUCGUUUGGUGGCACCAGGCCUGGGGCUGGCGCAGGUGCUGCUGGCUGGGGUGACACUCCAUGGUGACACCGACAGACCCGGAGCUGCCGCCCUGUUGGAUGACCCUCACUCUGUCGUGUUGCCAUGUCCUUUCCAACCAUUACUGCUGACUCUAUAAUAACCUUUCUCCAUACUGCUGAUGAUCAACAGUGUGACUCUUAUGCACUUCAAAGUACUGAAUUCUAACUGUCCUGUGGUUUAAAUGUUAUUGCUACUUCAUGGGAGCGUUGAACUCGAAUUAUUCCCUUGGUUUGUUGUACUCACUAAUAGUAGCUACCACCGUUUUGCUUCUUCUACGUAUAUGCAGUACUAUAACUGACACAAUAGAGUAAUAAUUGGUGAAGAGGAAUUUAUGGUAGCUUCAUCUAGUGCUCUGUUGUAUAAAUUGACUAUUUUAGCACAGUUUUUAAAGAGCAGAUUCCUUUUGACAAGUUUACAGUGAACAUAAAGACAGUUCUUUUCCAUUUCAGGUCAACUGCACUUUUUAAAAAUUAAAAAGAAACUAUUCAAAUCCAAUGCAUUCUAGUGCAUGUGCUGGGUUCAAAUGUCUGGGUACCUCGGUACGUAUUCCGGAUCACUCCAGUUCUGGGACUCGUGGAUCCUUCUCUGUUGUACACAGGUGUGUUCUCAUAGCAUAGAUAUCCCAGUUUUCUCUGUAGCUUGGCCCGGGAGGUUCGUGCACAUAUCACACAGCUCAGCUUGUGAAAGGAUCUUUGAUUUUUCUCUGCUAAAGAGUUCAAACUGUCCACAUUGUAAACAGUCUGAGAAAACUGAGUGUGGUACUGACAGAAGGAGCUGAUCAAAUGCCCGGUUUAUAUUAAUUCUACUUGAGGCAUCAGUCCUGGGGUGCUGAACUCUUGCUGAAGUCAAGAUCCAAUCCUGAACUGUCUGACAACUUCAAGCUCAUCAAGUCAGCCUUGCCCUGGGUGUUGUGAUUGUUCGUAAGAGAGAGGUCAGGGCUGAAUUUAAGCUUUUUUUCUGAUUCAGUGAACACCUUUGAGAAGAUUUGCUUCCCAGCUGUGUAGGUACAACUCUCAUAGUCCCUAAAGACAAUGGGAAUUGUGUCUGGUAAAUGAGAGCAGAAAUUGCCCUGACAGCUUCCCCCAUCUGCCAAGUGUGCAAGUGUGUGUUGCUGUCAGACAACCGCAGAGUUCCAGACCUCUUUCCUUGUAGAAAAGUAAUAAAGUUGGCUGUAUUUGCUUCUAGAAGUGGGGCUGGGUUGUCUGCAGAGCCCAUGCAAACUCUCUCUGACCAUCAGGGGCUUCAUCAAAGGAAAAACCUUCUGGAAAAUACCUUCUAUGAGUCAGUGAUUACUUUCAAUGAUUUUUUUUUUCCCAUUUAUUUUCCAAAUUAUUUUGUGUAAAGGGUACCAGCCUCUCUGUCAUUCCUGCUGAUAAGUGUCACUGAGCAUCUCAGCUCCUCUGUAAGGAGCAGUGUCAAAGGUAGUCGGUCAAAGGUUGGACUCAAAGAUCUUGGAGGUCUUUUGCAACCUAAAUGAUUCUAUGACUCUUAUGUGUGGUAUUUAACAAUGUUUGGAAUAGGAAAUGUCUCAUGCCACUGGGUGUUGUUCAGCUCUCCCUGCAAUAUCAUGUGAUGCUCUUAUUUUUCUUCUUGAUUUAGAAAAACCCCUCAGAUUGUGUUAAACGCUGCUCACGGUUCUUGUGUAACUUGUUUGUACUUUCUUAGUCCACGGUCAGUUCCAUUCUUCUCCUUCAGUUAUUUUCCAUGGCUGGUUUUUACUCUCACUCCUUGUUGGCAGUCUCUGCUCAGCAGAUUCCGGGCGCUGGUGUCGGUGAGGAGGGGAGGGACAGGGCAGCAAUUGGGAAAAUCGUGCCUCAAAACCAGAGAUUGGGUAUGAAACGAAGGCUGUGUAUUGACUUAGGAAAUUACUUGUAUUUUGGAGUUGGGAUGGCCCCAGACUAUCCUUCUUAUCACAGUCCUUACUGCCUCAUCCCAGUCCGCCCUCAGUCAGCUCUCCAUCUCCGGUGAGAGUGGGGCAGUAACAGAUUUGGUUUUCUUCAGUCAACUGAUUUAUUGACAGUUUAUAGGAGCUUUAUUUGACUUAUAUGUAACUGCUCUUAGGAGAGAAGGAGAGAUUAUUGUAGUGACAAACUACAUAGUGACUCCCGUUGGGACCCCCAUAAGAACUGGGGUUCUGGUGAAAGGGACUGGAUCUGCUGGUGCAGAGGGAGAGCUGGAAUUCCAUCCUUCCAGCCAAAAUCCUGGAUACUGCCCCAAACUGCUCCUUCCUGGUGUAGGUACCAGAGUCCCCGAAGUUUUUAUCUUGGACAAAGGUUCCUGAUGGUGUCAUUUUACAUGAGAGUCUUCAUCUGUGUGUGUAAAACCCUCAUUGAACAUGGAGAGCAUCAGGCACGGCCUUGUCUGUUUUGCAUUUUGACCAUAUUUGUAGGAGUUGUAUUUUUGUUAAUGUUUAGGGAAGUAAAGAAAUUAGAGCUUCAGGCAUCCACAGCAUUCACUCAUCUGAGUGAAUGAUUAAACAGACUUUUAAACAAAUUAUCUGAAAGUCCUUUAAAAAGGCAUCAGCUGGACUGAAGAUUUAAGUGUGCGCAGGAAUUGUUUCUGAUAUUCCAAAAUGGAGAAUUACACCUGGAUAGGGCCAUAUUAAACACCCCCUGACACAUCCAUGUGUCUCCAGGGCUGCAGGGAUCAUAUCCUGAUUAUUCCUUGUAGCUGGCAAAUGCAGUAGGGCCAGAUCCUGGAAAGCCAGCAGGAGUGAUGGGAUGGGAGAGAGCUGGGCUGGGGGUCCUGGGGCAUUUUGAGGAGUUGCACCCCUGCUCCCUGGGCUUUUUUGAUAUGUGGGAGUUGCUGUAAAUUAAUGUCUCACUUGAGUAAUAGGGAUACAGUGAAUUCUGGCCAAAAUCAGGUUUCUAUGAGUAGAAAUUUAAGUGCAGGAGAAGCAAAGCCACAGUUAUUCCUGCUGCAGGCAGAGUGAGGAACCACUUGGAGCAGGGAUGAGUUUGGCUGGUGUCUCCUGAGUCAGGUACUCCUUUGGACGCCGGGUCAGAUCAGGUGUCUUGUCAUUACAGGUAUAAAUUUUUGUUACUCAGCUUUAUUUGGUAACUGUUUUGCAAAUUCAUUUACCUGUUAAAGGAACAUUUAUGAUUUUUUUUUCAAUCCUUCGCCCAAGUGUUGGCUGUCCACUUCUCCAAGUGUAAAAACUUCUUCCUGUCAGUUGUGUUGAGCUUUAUGUCUUGUUCUUGUUCCUGGUCCAGCACAGCCUGUAGCCACAGGCUCACAGGUUCUUCCCAAACUGUUGCUGUGAGAUAAGCUGGAGUAAUGCUGGAGUGGAGCCAACUUGGAUUGACAUUCCUGGUAUGCUCUCCCACCCCCCAUUAGGCUUCAAAAAAACUUGGAGCAGGCUAAAAAUAGCUGAAAGUGUAGCUGGGAAGCCUGGCAGGUAGGGAGAGCAGCUCCAGGGAUAGACCUCAGCUUAGUCACAUUCAAAUUUUCCUCAAAUUCUUGGGGUUAUCCUGAGCAGGGCCAGGAGUUGGACUUGGGUGAUCCUUGUGAGUCCCUUCCAACUCAGGAUAUUCCAUGAUUCAGCACCUCCCCUUUAGAAACCCAGUGGAAGUUUUUCUUUUCCCACUUCUGUCAAGGGGGAAAAAAUGGAAAUUGGAUUAUGAGGUUGGGUUUGGUUUUGAUAUAAAUCAGGUGCGUGCAGCGCAGUGUGUAGGUGAUGGAAACACUGGUUUUUUGUGUUAAAACAGACCUGUUUUGGUUGUGAUCCUGUCCAAGUGGACACUGUUGUGCCCAGGAGAGCUGCUCAGGGCUUGAUGUUGCUCCCCGAGCAGGACCGAGCCCCGGCACUGUGGUGACUUGGCACUGACAUUCCUUGGGUUUACAGAAAGUCAGCUCAUGAAGAGUGAAAUCCCUGGAGCUCUGAGUUGCUCUUUCCCUGGCAGCUGAUCAGCUUUAGGACCAGGUUCCUUAUUCCCGUGUCCCACAGCCGUUGGCACACGGGUGUCUCCGUGCCCCUCUCAGCACGUGGCAGUGACACGGCUCCUUCAGCUCUGAGGUGUUCACACCCAGAAUAUCCCUGGAGGAAGGACUAUUUGAAGUGUACAGUAGACAGUAAAUAAUUCUAGUUGUGUUGAUUAAUAUAAGGAAUGAGUCAGUUCUACAAAUUAAAGAAAAAAACCUGAAAAGCGUAUUUUGACAAAGCAUAGUAUUAAUUUUAAUAUUGUAAAAAAAAAAAGGAAAAUAUCUAAAAUAUACAGAGAAAAGAUGUAUAUCCAAAUGUCUGAGGAGUUUCAAGAUAAUCUACUUUUGUUUCCUGUUGAUUUCUAUUCCAUGGUGUACAUAUUGUGUGGAUGGAACAUUGGCUGUUUUAAUACUAUUGUUAAAUUGUAUUUUUAUUUUGUGUUAAACUAAUCACCACAGACUCAGCUUUAUUUUGUUUAUGUAAAGGUUGCUAUGCUCUGUAGGUAUAAACCCGAGAAUUCUAUUUUAACAGAAAAAGCAUUUUAUAUUAUUUAUUAAAUACAUGUUUCUCCAACUUCUGACAUUCCACAGAAUUUCUGCUCCGUAUGCGUAUGGAAGUGGCAAUUCCUUUCAAGCAGGAUCAGCCAGCUUUAUUCUGUUUUUCAUGAUAAAGUGGGAAUAGUCUCCCUGAGGAUGUGCAGCUCACCCUUGUCUCCCGGCACAGGGACUCGGCUCUGUCAGGACUAUCUUGAGGUGGCUCAUGAAUGCAGAAGCACCGGGAAAGCUCCUGCAGGUCAACCCCUUGAUGUGAUAUUUCUAAAUUUCCCCCUUAUCUUUCAGCCUUCCAAGAGCAAGUGUUUAUUCAUAUGAGUCUGUGCUAGGUUAAUGAGAAUCGGUGACCUAAAUUGGGGCAAGGAGUCAGCUUGAUGUUUGAUACAGCUCAGGGAAAUGCACAGCUCUAAUUCCGAGGGUAAGGAGUGAGCAGAGGGAGAGCCCAGAGCGGUGCUGGAGCUGGAGAACUUGGCAUGGGGGCCAGUUGAGGUGUAGGGCAGAGAUGGGCUGCAGGCAGCCACAGUCACCAAAAUUUACGUACUGGAGAUGGAUUUGGUGUUUGAGGGUAUCACUCGAUCCUUAAAAACAGGCCAGAGCCUGCUGAGGCAGCAGUGGUGUCUGUCGGGGGGUCAGGGCCAGGGCAGGACCCUGCUCUGUGUCACAUCCCAGGAAGGGAGCAGGCACUCCGAGACCCUGCUGGGACCAUCCCUUGGGUGACCCCCAUGCUGGACCCCCUCGCUGUGGGUACCACUCCUGGUGUCACUGUGAGAGUUGCUGCCACUGGGCACAUCUGUAGAGAACCAACCCCGGCACCUCCUUCCCAGGUGAGGUACAGAAAUAGCCCCAAAUUCAGCAGAUCACCCAUUUCCUAAAAAUAAUUCCAAUUGUGAACAUGGCCUCUGUGGUUUGAGGAAUACUUCAGGUAUUACAGCACAUGCUUUUAAUUGGCAGUGUGGUGGAGCUGAAGGUCUGUAGUGGUCAGGGCUGAUCCCCAAGACAUCUCUGGGGUGAAAUCUGGCAUUUUUCUGCUGCUGAAGCCCUCUCCUUGCUGAGGGGCUGCCUGGAGCCAAGGAGAAAUCCCUGCUGUGCUUCUGCCAUGGGGAGGGAUCCCUGCCUCACUCUGGAGCAGUCCCUGCCUUCUUUCCCAUUUCACCCUCUCAUGCCUGUCUGAUCCCACUGGAUUUUGGCGUGAGCUGGAGCUGCUCCUGGAGGGAGGUAGAGCCCCAUGACGGGUAAGACUGUGCUGGUGCUGGUGCUAUUGUGGCUCGUUAGUGUCACCCCCCGAAAGGGGACACAGUGGGGACAGCACUGAGCCUGGUGUUGCUGGCCUGAGGUGUGUCCAGGCAGGGCUUUGAUAGAAAACCUGGGGACAGGUGCAGGAAGGUGGUUGUUCAGAGUCAGGGUUUGUCCGGGUUUGUUUGGCACAAUGUGUUCCAAGACUGGAAAAGGAGAUGGACCGGGGUGAGGUACGGGCUGGGAAGAGACUUUCCUGGCUGUAGCAGGGAUUUUCUCCUCGGAGGAAGGGAGAGAGCAGGUGAGAUGGCACAUAAAAAUGAGUCUGAAAAACAGAAUAAAGCAGGAGCAUCCUUGGAGAGGGGAUUUGUGAGCACUUGCAGUGCCUCAUUCGGUCCUUCAAAACAAAAAGGAGCAGAUUCACACGAACAGCUACUCAUGAUGAGGGAAAUGAUCGAAAGAGAACCUGUCCAAAAUGUGUAAUUAAUGGUAAGCAAAGCCAGGAUCUGUAAAUAACUUUAGAUAUUGUAUCGAUGAGAUCAUUCCUUGUUUUAUGUACUUGGCUCUUUCCAUAUUUAUUGUGGGGAGGAGGGUCCCUGUGCCGGGUGAGCUGUGGCACGUCCCUCGGGCUCCUCACGGACUGUCCUCGGAGUUUACAGCCCUCGCCCGUCGUGGCGGAUGUGCCACACUCGGUUCUUUCCGCCAGUAUUUUUUUAACGGAUUAUUUUGGCACAGCUAAGCUGCUUCUGUGUGUUGGUCAGUACAACUGCUCUCCUACGACCAGACCCCAAUAAAAACCGUCCUUUGCGUGUGU